AUGGAGGUAAUGAGGGAUUUCACGACAAUAUCGGGCCUGCAUAUUAAUGCAACUAAAUCUACUAUCUUCGCAGCAGGACCAGACUUGGAAACCCUUCUAGCAGAAGCUACGUCUCUGGCAAUCAGUGGUUGCACGCUCCGAAUUUGUUACUUGGGUAUGCCGCUGACAACUAAGUCCCUCACAUCGAUUGAUUAUGAACAGUUAAUUGACAAGGUGCGCCGUAAAACGAUAACUUGGUCCAACAGAAGCUUAUCGUUUGUCGGCCGUCUUCAGCUUAUCAAUUCUGUGGUUAUAAGAUCUCCCAACCAAACGCAUAAGGCUAAGGUAAGCUGGGCAGAUCUCUGUUACCCUAACGCUGAGGGAGGUUUGAGUGUAAGAAGACUGAGGGAUUCAUCUAAGGGUAGCUCCUUCUGGGAUGUGAGAGACACACAGAAAGGAUCUUGGAUGUGGAGGAAACUCCUCAAACUUCGAGAUAUUUCCUAUGAUUUUCUCAGGUUCGAGGUCCAGGAUGGGAAAUCAACCUUCUUCUGGUUUUAUAAUUGGCUGGAUAAGGGGCGUUUGAUCGAUGUCACAUGUGCAGCUGGUACUACCUACAUUGGGUUGCCUCGACGUGCCACUGUUAGUGAUGCGGUUAAACAGAACAAAUAG